AUGGAUGCUUUCGUCUCAAAGCUGUCAUAUCAUGCCACGAGUUUUGCCAUCCGUUCCUGUCUCGCAUUGACAUCAAACUACGUCGCCAAGCAUGCAGGCUCAUUACUCAAGACAGUCGACAAUGGACCUUUGCGCAGAGAGCUUGAUAAACUCCAGCGGCGUCUGGCUCGAAAGAUUGAGCUACUGUCCCCAAUCCUUGAGUCUAUAGAGCUUCGCUAUGCCCAGGGUGAGACAGCCCUUGAGACCGUCAUACAAACUUCGCAAGACCUCCGCAGAGAAAUAGACUGCUUGGAGGCGAGAAUCAUGCUCGCGCAGCCUGAGAAUCAAGGGGACAGAUCUACUGCGAAAGUCACCAGCAACUCAGAUGCAGGUGAAGUCCUGGCCAUAAUCGACGACAUCAAGGACCUGAUCACCAACAUUGAUGACGCAAUCCCGCUUGUCAACCUCUGGAUUUCCUCUUUGGGAACUACUCCGACCCAGACUACACCAUUCUCCCCCUCGAGACUGUUACAAGCCAGCAUGCUACUAAAUAUCGCUGAUACACAGCAUGUAUUGAAUUCCUCCGGAUCCACGCAGAUCGGGCCAGAUUUUUAUGUUUCGUUGUACAUGCUCUUUCGAGGUCAUGCAUCGCUAAGAGACGACGAAGAGCCCUAUGGCGUUGGGGAAGGCCAGCGAAAGCCGCUGUGGCAACAAGUCAUGCGCAAGGCUAGAGUUCGCUUGUACCGGAUGUCACACCAUACUGGCCACGGAACGCAGCAGGAGUCGCGCACAGCACCAGAGACAAGCUACGAGUAUCAGCUUCGGAUCGUGGAGGAUCUAGACGAUGGACUGCUACACACCAGCGAUGGGCGGACGCCAGUUUCGGCCUCAUAUGACGGUGUCAUCGCGGCCGGAAUGCAACAAGCACUACCCAUAGGACAAGUGUCCAAGCUAUUAUAUACGGAGGUUGGUGGCCUACUCAACAUUGUCCCCGACGACGAUCAACGCGGCAACCCAGUUCUGCUGUUGAAGAGAGAAGUCGGUGUCACUAUAACAAGCGAAAACCUUGUUAAGCGCGAACCAGAUCAAGAGAUCCGAAGUCGACCUGACUUUCACAUACCUUCGGGCGACGAGGGUGUUCAGGGUGAAAUCAACAGGCAAUUGUUCGGAGAGGAUGAUGCGGCCGAGCAUACCUCUGUCGGAUGCAACAAAAAUGCGCGGCUGGCCGAGUCAGGCAUCGCGAACGGCGCCUUGUGGCAGCUACCUCCAAAUCUUGAUCCGGAGUGGUUGGCUCUCGAGGUCUACACGCCCGAAGAUGAUGAAGGCUGCGGAUCAGACACCAGUAGUCAAACAAUCGAUGAUCCGCAGCAGAUUCAGAACUCGAUUUCGGAAGAUGCUGAGCAGAUCAGAUCGGACAGCUGUGGACGCACAAGUGAUUAUACAGAUACAUUCCGUGUCGACGCCAAUCUCUGUAAACAGUUCUCACGCAUGAGCACGGGACCAGUUGAACAGUUGCCUUCAUUCCAUGUCAAGCAAGGAUUCGAGUCCUCGAGCACCGACACAUUUCAUCGCCCAAAUGGUAGGUCUAGCCCAGUGCCAUCACAAUUGGCCCAGUCCAGCAUUACCGACAAGAGCUCCCUCCACGACGAGCAUAACACGAGACGCGAAAGGGACAGAACACUUCUCCAGCGCUCCCCCUUCGGCGCGAUCACGACCUCGCUCUCGCUCCUCGAGAUGCUCUUGCGCCUCACAAGCCUGCAGGAGUUUGAGCAGAAGACGCACCUCGCGAUCCCAGAUCACCUGUUACGGUUCUACCUCGACGAGUCCGCGUCGACGAGCGGGCUGCGCGGACAGCAGCGCGUUUCGGCUAGGAGAGAGGCCGAAGCCAAGAUGGGGUUUGAUCCUUACACGGACUCGCCGGCGUUCGACGGACGAUGA